ACGGAAGUGACGCUCGAGCUAAUGCAACGUCAACUUCCGCCGAGGCUGUGAAUUUGCUGUUUUGCGAGCGGUUUAGAAUUAAUUUUAUUUGUAGCGAUUGAAAUGGAUGUGAUUCUGUAUUUUGUAGCCGCGGUUCUUCUGCUCGUUCUCAUAGUGUUUGCUGUGAAAGUCCGCAGACGGACUGAAGAAGCUGACCGUGAGGAUCAUCAGAAUGUGGCGGUUCGAGCCGCGGCGCGUCCGCAGGCGGCAGAGGAGCGUCCGGCAGGAAUGCCUCGCCGCCGCAGAAACCUGCACAGCAGAGUGAACGUCCAGCGCGCGCAGCGGCCGUCAGACAACGAGGACAGUCCUGUGGAAGCGGAUGAGGAUCAGGAAGACAGGCAGCUGUCUGAAGAACGUCCUCAAGCCGCUGCUAAAGUCGGAGCGAAGAAACAGAAGAAACUGGAGGAGAAACAAGCGCGGAAAGCUCAGAGAGAGGCCGAGCUGGAAGAGCGAGAGGAGAGGAGGAAGAUGCAGGAGCUCAGAGAUCAAGAGAGACAGAAAGAAGACGAGAAGGAGAGACUGCAAGAGCAAAAACGGCAAAAUAACCCAGUGACUAAUAUAAUCUCAUGUGUUUGUGCAGGAGUGAUCGAUGACCGAGGGAAGUUUAUUUUCAUCACGCCGGAGGAGCUGAACGCUGUGGCUCAGUUCGUGAAGAAGAGAGGAAGAGUCUCCAUCUCAGACCUCGUUCAAGCCAGCAACACCCUCAUAAACCUCACGCCUGAGCUCCAGAGCAGCGCAUGAACCUCCUGGAGGAGCCCAGAAUGCUGUUUUCAUCACAAGGACUUGUAAAUAAAGCGGGAUGCAUUAUAUCAUUUACAGUCUACGUCAUGUCAGAACCAGCGUACAGCGCUAAUUUCCUAAUCUAAUUUCCCUUACUUCACUCUAUAAGCAUCAUUUACCGUAGAUACAGCCAUGUCUGCUGUCAUCUCAAUCACUUUAUGAAAUAGCUUGAGGCUAAUACAGACGACUCGUUUUCAGAGGCAGAGAAGGAGAUUUUAUGUUAUUAUUGUUAUACACACACACACACUUUAAACAGGAUUCCCUCAGUCGUGCUUUGGAUAAAAGUGUCUGCUAAAUGCUUAAAUGUAUAUUUUUCUAGUAAUAUUCAGCUCUGCAGUAUAUCAUUGCAUAGAAAUGCUGUAAUAGUUCUUAAAUGAUUUGUAGAACAGCUUAUCUGGUCAUUUAAAACAACUCAAAAAGUCAUGGAUAUUUAUUGGUCAGAAACUGUGUUUUCCUCUCGCUCUUGACUGCCGUCAAAUAAAAUGGCAAAAAGCACAAAAAACAAGUGACAAUUUAAACUUUUAUUGCUUCUUUUCUCAUUUUACUUGUUUUUCUUAAACUAGCUGGUCUUUAUUUUAGUUCUACCCAGCGUGUUUCUGAGAGAGACCGAGAGCAUGUAUAUGGGAGCACAGUGUUAUUCCUGCCAGGGUUUAUAAUAGUGUGCUGGUUGUU